ACACGAGAAACCAGAAUGGUUGACGAGACAGAGCAAAGCUAUGGCAUCAUUCCACUUCGUUCUACAACCUCCGGGUCCAAGGGCAAAAAGCUAGAAGUGCUCUUGAUUCACCAAACACUUUAUGCAUCAGGCCUUCAAUGGUCUAUUCCCAAAGGCCACGCUGAGCAAGACGAUGCAUCUCCUCGUGCUGCUGCAGAACGAGAAUUGAAAGAAGAGACAGGCUUGCAAGUCAGUAAGAUGCUACUCUCAGAGCAGACAUUUGAGGAACACUACACGAAUCCCGAAAGAAGGACACAGAAGCAAGUCACAUACUGGGCGUGUCUUGUCGAAGGGACCUUGACUCUACAAGAAUCAGAAGUUGCUGAGGCGCGGUGGCUUGACUUGGAAGAGGCGAUUGCAUUGGCUACGUUUGAAGACACAAAGGAGACUUUGCGGCAAGUACAGCGAGCCCUGCUAUGGGCAACAUUGUGAGAUGGAAUAAUGCAUUUUUUGGUGUGUAAUCUACUUCUUUCUGUAUGCAACUAAACGACCGACCAGACC